CCGGAGGACGACAGCAUUCAGAAACGGUGCAACCCUCCACCGGUGCGGGACUCAGCCACCCUUAAAACACCCAACCGACGGUAAAGAGUAAAAGCGUACCCGGAUCUUUGAAAUAGGUCGCCGAAGCUAGCGACAACGAGGCGUGGCUUUGGACAGCAGCGUGCUUAGAGAAGCAGCAGUAGGCUUUGGCUAAGGCUGAAACUAGUACUAGAUCGAUUCCUACGUAUUUGUCUAUGUGUGCAGGAGUAGCGACAAUGAGUGCGCUGUGUUUGUCACUUUUGUUGGCCUGUCAACCGGUCGUGUUCGCAAGAGGUUACGAGCAGGAGGAUGCGGCCGCUUCAUGGCACCCGAACGAGGUGAGUUACGAUGAGACGGAGGUGAAGGGAGGACGCACGAGCCAACAAUCCUGGAGCUACACGCUGAGCGAUGCGCUCGGUCCACCGAACUGGCCGAUCGUUGCACCGGCCUGCGGUGGCCAGUUCCAGAGCCCGAUCAACAUCAACACGUCCCGGGCGAUAAGGGUGAACCGCAAGGUACCGCUCGAGAUAGUCGGGCUGAAGAAUCGACCCACCUACAUUACGGCCGAGAACGAGGGCUACUCGGUGAAGUUUACGCCCAAGUGGGGCUUCCGGACGCGCCCGAUGAUGCGCGGCGGACCGCUCAAGACGGCGUACUUCUUCGAGCAAAUGCACUUCCACUGGGGCCCGAACAAUAGCGAGGGCUCGGAGCACCGGAUCAACGGGGAGCGGUUCCCGCUCGAGGUCCAUCUCGUGUUCUACAACGGGCUGUACCAAUCGCUGGCGGAGGCAGCCGGUGAGGUGGAUGGGCUGGCAGUGGUUGGCUUCUUCUAUGACGUCGUGCCCGGCUCAUCCAGCUUUUCGUUCAACUCGUGGUCCAACUUUUUGCCCCAGGUGCGCCAACCGGGUGCAAAGUUUGAGAUAUCGCCGACGCGCUCGUUCUCGCUGCAGGACGUGGUUGGGGCGAUGGGCUGGUCGUACUACUCGUACGACGGUAGCCUGACGACACCGCCCUGCCUGGAGACGGUGAACUGGAUCGUGUCGAACAAGCGGCUGUCCGCGACGGAGCUCGAUAUGAGCCGGCUGCGAUCGCUGAUCACUAAGCAGGGAAAGCAGAUGGUGCUGAACUAUCGGUCGCCUCAGCCCCAGAACACGCGGCGUGUGUUCUUCUACUAGAGAAAAGCGUGUGCUGGGGGUGGGAAUGUGGGAAAAAGUCCCCACACCCCCCUCCUUCUCUACAACUCACCCACCUCACAAGCGGCACUGCACCAUUACCAUGUAGGGGUGCAGUACGAAGAACGCGGAACAGUGCUGUAACGCACGUGCUCCGCGGCAUUGCAUACUGUUAGGCGUAAACGGUCUGUCGAAGAAACGUUAGGCGUUAGGCGUAGUUUGUGUUGCGUCCGAUCGAAGGGUUAAGUGUGUAACGUCGGUACCAAAUCAUUGUUCCUUUGCAAAUAUGUACAAUAAAUGUUGUAAAAAUGAAA